AUGGCACCCUCGAUUGCCGAAGAGCAACCACAUAGGGCCGAUAUCGUCGUGCCUGUUAAGGCUUCUCCUGCCGCUGCCGAGAAGCCUAAGAUCCGCCGGAUCAUCGACGAAGAGGGCGGGACCACCACGGCCAGCUAUCCCCACUACCUCCCGGUCUGGGAUCACAGCGAGAAAUAUCCACCCCUGGAGCCCUUCACACACAGCGACCCCGGCUUGCGCGCAGACCCGUCCUUCCCAGACCUACUGAAACCGGGCACGAAGAUUCAGAACCUGACGCCUACCAUCGGCUCCGAGGUCACGGGUGUGCAGCUCUCGUCCCUGUCAGCUGCCGGAAAGGACCAGCUGGCACUUCUUGUGGCGCAACGCAGAGUGGUGGUCUUUCGCGACCAGGAUUUCGCCGGCCUGCCUAUUGCGGACGCGCUCGAGUUCGGCUCCCACUUUGGCCGCCACCAUAUCCACCCGACUUCCGGCCAGCCAGAGGGGUACCCCGAGAUCCAUCUGGUGCACCGGCACAACAGCCAGGGCGAGCUGGACGCGUUCUUCGCCGACAGGAACAGCACGGUUGCCUGGCACUCGGACGUCACGUACGAAGCGCAGCCGCCGGGCACCACCUUCCUCUAUAUCCUGGACUCCCCCGAGGUCGGCGGAGACACGGUGUUCGUGGACCAGGUCGAGGCGUAUCGGCGACUCUCGCCGGCCAUCAAAGAGCGACUGCACGGGCUGAAGGCCGUGCACAGCGGCUUCGAGCAGGCGGAGUUCAGCAGGCAGCGCGGCGGGGUCGUCCGACGGGACCCGGUGAAGCAUGAGCAUCCGAUCGUGCGCACGCACCCGGUGACGGGGGAGAAGGCGCUGUUUGUCAAUGGGGGGUUCACGCGGAGCAUUGUCGGCCUGAAGAAGGAAGAAAGCGAUGCGUUGCUGGGUUUCCUGCUGAACCACGUGGGCCGGGGUAUCGACUAUCAAGCCAGGAUCAAGUGGGCGCCCAAGACUGUCGUGGUUUGGGAUGUAAGUCACCCGACACUAUCCUCUCCCCUGGACGAUCAAACGCUGAUGAGGGAAGAACCGCGUCACGGCACAUUCUGCGCUGGUCGACUGGACGACGGGGGAGCGUCGUCAUUUGGCGCGGAUUACCCCCCAGGCCGAGCGGCCCUACGAGACGCCAUACGUUCCGGAGGAGUAGUCCUCUCUAGGUGA